AUGAAGGCUUUCUUUCUUAUCGGAUUUGCUCCAGUUUUGUUCAUGUUGUCAAUGGCAACGCACGCGCCACCACCGGAUCGCGUUCUAUCAAGUGUUGCAAACCGAAAGGGCGAAGUUAACGGAGAUAUCCUAGGAGGUGAUGGAGGUUUCGGCGAUGAUGACAUCGGAGACAUAGAUGGACAAGGCGAUAUUGAUGGCGGCAUUGGUGGUGUAAGUGGCUACCGUGCGCUGCGCGGUCUCAAUGAUGAGCUAUUGGACGGUGAUGCCCAAAUGAAUCGUGACGAGGUCGUUGUUGCUGGCGGGACUGUUGCGCGUGGUGGUGUUGCUGUUGCUCGUCCGCGACCUCGUCGCGGUCGCUUUUACUAA